UUUUGUUGUUUCCAUUGGGUCUGAUUCUGCAUAGUCUGUUGAGCACCAAUAUACACACUUUUUACUGAUUUUUUCUGCUAAUGGGAAAGAUGGGCAAUUUGAAAAGAGUGGCCGGUUUGGAAUGGGCCCGCGCAAUUUUGAUUUGAAAAUUGCCAUUGUGGGCUGGGGAAGAAUGGGUAAAUUGGAAACGGGAGAAAGUGUGGAAAUUGCGAUGGGGGAAAAUGGGUGGGGAAAGGGUGUGAGGAAAUUGAAGAGGGGCCAACCCAAAGGCGAUUGUGUUGAUUUGGAAAUUACCAUUAUGAAUGCGGGGAAGAAUGGGUAAAUUGGAAAUGGGGCAUUUGAAAUUGCGGACAGUGUGUGUAAAAAUCAAUAAAGCCAUUUGAAACAGU